GCGCUGGAGUCUUCAUCUUUACCACCGCUGCUGCCGCCUUCGUGGGAUUUGAGUCUCGAGCUUUCUUCGUUCGCUCGCCGGCGGGUUCGCGCCCUUCUCGCGCCCCGGGGCUGAGAGGCUGGGAAGGGGUUGGAGGGGGCUGUUGAUCGCCGCGUUUAAGUUGCGCUCGGGGCGGCCAUGUCGGCCGGCGAGGUCGAGCGCCUAGUGUCGGAGCUGAGCGGCGGGACCGGAGGGGAUGAGGAGGAAGAGUGGCUCUAUGGCGGUACGAAACUUCCUGUCCCUGUCUCUUUCUCGGGUUCUCUUAGGCCUCCCCUCUUGGCCCUCAAACGGCCGGCGUUCCGGCCCCUCGCGCCGCCCCUUCGGGCCUCUGGUUGGGAGUCCUGUCCGGCCUGACUUAGGCCGAGCGCAGCGUGCGCGUGCCCCCCGCUCCCGCGGCGGUCUCCCGCCUGGCCCAAGCCCACUAUACGCACCCACCCUGCGGCGGCCGGGCAGGGCUGGGGGGCUGUGACUGGUCCCGGCCCCCGGCUUCGCCGUGCUUUCCCUGGGGCGUCUCGGUCGCCUCGCUGCUGCGCUCUUUACCCUUGUUUUUUUCUGUCGAUUCUGAGGUGGUGGUUUUUUGUGUCUGUUUUUGCCCCGUGGCCUUAGGGUGCCCUUCCUGUCCCUUCUUUCAGAAACAGUCAUUCUGUAAUAAUAGCGAAAUAAAGUUAAUGCUGUACAACUAACGUCUUGUUUCUUGAUGGUCAGUUUGUAUGGAAUGCACCUGCAAGGGUACCUCCUUGUCUGAAAGUCGUGCUUUAAAAAUAAUUAAUUAAGAGAGAGAGAGAGAAAGAUGGCCCAUAAAGAAAACCCUGAAUGUCUCCUGUAUUAAGGUGAAGUUUUUCUUUUUUAAGAGACUGCCGUUUAACCUACAUCAUGGAGGUAUCUCAUGACCCUUCGGCUUAUAGUUUUCAGUGUCAUCUCAUAUAUUUCUUUUUCUCAAAAUAAAUUUAAUGCAUCAUGUACUUCUCUCUAGAAGGGACAUCUGGUUUUUAACUUUCGUUGAUUCACAAUCCCUUCUUGCCUGUUACACCAGAUUUGAAACUUAAUGUUUGUUCCUUGCCUAAAACAUACAUUCUUGAUUGUCUUUAGAAUAGAAUAGUAAAAGUGCACAUUGGGCACUACGCAGGUCCUUGAUGAUGUAACUUUGAUAAACUUGUAAAAAAAAAAAAAAUUAUCUUUGGUGGCAAGAUUUAGCAUUGGUCUUUGAAAUGUGAAUGUGUAGGAUUUCUUUUACAAAGAUCUGGAAAUCUUCAGUACCUCUUAAGUUUAAGCUUAUUUUUAUACCAGUAAAGUCUGAUUUUUUUUUUCCAUAAAAUACGUAUCUUGUUAAGUAAUUAUAAGGUGAUCUAACUUUGGAUGUGCUUAUAGGCCCAUGGGACGUGCAUGUGCACAGUGAUUUGACAAAGGACCUAGGUUAGUGCUUGUGAUGAUCACUUCAGAUUUUCAUAAUACUAGUUUCUUUAAGAGUGGUUUCUUUAUUUUGUUUGCUUAUUUAUUUAUUUGUUUAUUUUACUUGGUAGAUGAAAAUGAAGUUGAAAGGCCAGAAGAAGAAAAUGCCAGUGCUAAUCCUCCAUCUGGAAUUGAAGAUGAAACUGCCGAAAAUGGUGUACCAAAACCGAAAGUGACUGAGACUGAAGAUGAUAGUGAUAGUGACAGCGAUGAUGAUGAAGAUGAUGUUCAUGUCACUAUAGGAGACAUUAAAACGGGAGCACCACAGUAUGGGAGUUAUGGUACAGCACCUGUAAAUCUUAACAUCAAGACAGGAGGAAGAGUUUAUGGAACUACAGGAACAAAAGUCAAAGGAGUAGACCUUGAUGCACCUGGAAGCAUUAAUGGAGUUCCACUCUUAGAGGUAGAUUUGGAUUCUUUUGAAGAUAAACCAUGGCGUAAACCUGGUGCUGAUCUUUCUGAUUAUUUUAAUUAUGGGUUUAAUGAAGAUACCUGGAAAGCUUACUGUGAAAAACAAAAGAGGAUACGAAUGGGACUUGAAGUUAUACCAGUAACUUCUACUACAAAUAAAAUUACGGUACAGCAGGGAAGAACUGGAAAUUCAGAGAAAGAAACAGCCCUUCCAUCUACAAAAGCUGAGUUUACUUCUCCUCCCUCUUUAUUCAAGACUGGUCUCCCACCGAGCAGAAACAGCACCUCUUCUCAGUCUCAGACAAGUACUGCCUCCAGAAAAGCCAAUUCAAGCGUUGGGAAGUGGCAGGAUCGAUAUGGGAGGGCCGAAUCACCUGAUCUAAGGAGAUUACCUGGAGCAAUUGAUGUUAUUGGUCAGACUAUAACUAUCAGCCGAGUAGAAGGAAGGCGACGGGCAAAUGAGAACAGCAACAUACAGGUCCUUUCUGAAAGAUCUGCUACUGAAGUAGACAACAAUUUUAGCAAACCACCUCCGUUUUUCCCUCCAGGAGCUCCUCCCACUCACCUUCCACCUCCUCCAUUUCUUCCACCUCCUCCGACUGUCAGCACUGCUCCGCCUCUGAUUCCACCACCGGGUUUUCCUCCUCCACCAGGAGCUCCACCUCCAUCUCUUAUACCAACAAUAGAAAGUGGACAUUCCUCUGGUUAUGAUAGUCGUUCUGCACGUGCAUUUCCCUAUGGCAAUGUUGCCUUUCCCCAUCUUCCUGGUUCUGCGCCUUCAUGGCCUAGUCUUGUGGACACCAGCAAGCAGUGGGACUAUUAUGCCAGAAGAGAGAAAGACCGAGAUAGAGAGAGAGACAGAGACAGAGAGCGAGACCGUGAUCGGGACAGAGAAAGAGAACGCACCAGAGAGAGAGAGAGGGAGCGUGAUCACAGUCCUACACCGAGUGUUUUCAACAGCGAUGAAGAACGAUACAGAUACAGGGAAUAUGCAGAAAGAGGUUAUGAGCGUCACAGAGCAAGUCGAGAGAAAGAAGAACGACAUAGAGAAAGACGACACAGGGAAAAAGAGGAAACCAGACAUAAGUCUUCUCGAAGUAAUAGUAGACGUCGCCAUGAAAGUGAAGAAGGAGAUAGUCACAGGAGACACAAACACAAAAAAUCUAAAAGAAGCAAAGAAGGAAAAGAAGCAGGCAGUGAGCCUGCCCCUGAACAGGAGAGCACCGAAGCUACACCUGCAGAAUAGGCAUGGUUUUGGCCUUUUGUGUAUAUUAGUACCAGAAGUAGAUACUAUAAAUCUUGUUAUUUUUCUGGAUAAUGUUUAAGAAAUUUACCUUAAAUCUUGUUCUGUUUGUUAGUAUGAAAAGUUAACUUUUUUUCGAAAAUAAAAGAGUGAAUUUUUCAUGUUAAGUUAAAAAUCUUUGUCUUGUAAUAUUUCAAAAAUAAAGACAGCAAUGACUUUAUAUCC